AUGGCCACAAGAACCAGAAGAAAUUUACCCAACUUGAAGCUAACUAAGAAAAUCAAGAAGACGAAGAAACAGCAGCAACAGAACCAGAUUCCGGCCACCGUACAAAACGACAUCGUUCAAUUUACCGACGAGUGUUCUGACACCGACGGCGGCUGCAGUACUCCAAAAGCAGAGAGACACAGAAUCCCAGAGAUUCUGACGUGUCCACCGGCGCCGAAGAAACCAAGAGCUGUUUCUGAUUGCUCAUUCCGACGAUCGCCCAUUGCCUUUUUUGCCCCUCCAGAGUUAGAGCUCUUCUUCUUUGUUUCCUUGCCGGUGCCGGACAUUUCAGUCUGA